GCCAGUGUCAGGAAAGACGCGCAGCCACGAUCGAAUCGUGCUGGGAUAAUCAACGUUAGGUCUUCAGAAUGGACUCGCCACUUGAACAAACAACUGCAAAUCCGCCUCGGCUGGACACAUGCAUGACCCGAUCGGGGUCAAGCUCGAGCAGCAUCCUGGAGAACUCUGCUCCUUCUGGACCGAAAAAGUUGACCAGCAUGCUUUGCGACAUGGUGGACGACGCAACCAUGUCGAAGAUCUUGGAAUGUCAGGGAGAAACGUUGCAAACCUUGCAAAGCACCAAUCACAGUCUUACGAAGUUUAACGACUUCUCUGCCGUACGCUAUGCUCAAUGUGCUAAGAAUCUGGAAAACCACACACGACUACUCCGAGACAUGAAAGGGGACUUGGACAUUAUUUUCAAGAGAAUAAGAGCCCUUCGAACCAAAGUCGGUACACAGUAUCCCACGCAUUUUGCGGACAUAGCUAAACGACGACAAGAAGAGGAGGCGGAGGACGAUUGAUGCUACCAGAUCUAUUUUAUUAUAAUAUAAUGUAUCUUAUAUUCCAUACAGUGCGAAUGUAUAAUGAAAUGGCGCUGGGACGCUCGUGACACAC